AUGGACACUUGCCAAGGCAUUCGUAUUACCGACCAUCCUCUCAAGGAGACUCAUUCAUUCGCUACUAUUUCUAGAGUCGGCGAUGAGCAAGGAUUCCGAGUGCUCAUGUCAAGAGCUGGAGACUGGACGUCUAACUUCAUCGACAACCCUCCUACUCGCAUCUGGGUCAAAGGUGCGCCUGUUUAUGGUGUCAUGCGCGUUGCUCUCAUGUUCAAGAAAGUCCUCGUCGUUGCAACCGGCACUGGCAUUGGCCCCUGCCUCUCACUCUUGGAGAGUUGCCCCGAACACCCCAUGCAUGUACUCUGGAUGGGUUCCAACCCUAGAGAAUCCUACGGCGACGCUAUCAUCAAUUCAGUCUUCACAGCAGACUCUGGCGCAUGCAUCGUCGAUACCUCCAAGGCAGGCAGGGUGACAUUCUCAGAUUGGUUCACGCCAGAUAUGUUGAGUCCCAAUCGGAAGCCAUUAUCAUCAUCUCCAACGCUAUUGUCACCAGACAGGUUGUCGGUGGUCUUGAAUGCCGUGGUGUUCCGGUGUUUGGCGCCAUUUUCGACUCCUGAAGAGAAGUGGAUACAAUGCCGACCAUGA